AUGGCAAAGGGACGCUCAAUUCUCCUCUUUGACCUUGACGACACGCUCACAAAGGCCUACCAGGAGAUUGCUCCAGAGAUGAAAGAGUGUCUCUCGGAGUGUCUGGAGAGGGGCUUCAGUUUGGGCGUCGUUUCUGGUUCGGAUUUCAGCAAGAUUGAGCGCCAGAUUGGUCGAGAAUUUUUGAAGAAUUUCGAGUACGUCUUUGCCGAGAAUGGAACACAAGCGUACCACCAGGGUGUCUUGAUACACUCAGAGAGCAUCGUCAACUUUCUGCCAAAUUCGCUCCUGAAUGAAUUCUUCAACUUUUGUCUUCACUAUAUCGCCGACCUGGAUAUUCCAGUCAAGAGAAUGGCUCCUCCUUCACCAGGUAUCACUAUUGACAUUAAGCAGGAUAUCCCUAGUGAACAUGGAGAUGGGCCUACUACAUACUAUGGAGGAUCUAUUAACAAAGUUAAGCUGACUAAGGUUGAGGAUCCUCCUGGUUCCGGAUUCGUGAAACUCACACAUGUAGCAUCUAAUGGAGGACUUUUUACAGUUGAAAAGGUUCUGUUUGGAAGUACUCCUGUUUCAGAUAUAGGAGCUAAAGAACCUAUAAACUCUUUGGCAGUGUGGUAUUGGUCCGGAGACAGUGGCCAUAAUCAGCCUCUUUUCAUAGAAAUCCAAGGUAAAGAUAAAUAUGAACGUCAUGAAACCAAGGGAAAUGGCUCUUGGAAUCCACAUAAUAACGGUUCUCAAACUACUAAACGGCUGGAAGGUAGAUCCCUUGAAAAUAUACUUGACCUCCUCAACUGCCAACUCAACAAAGCAGUUACCUUGAAUCUAACCUUUCAGAAUUCGGAGAAUAAGUCGGGAAAAAAGUACUGUUGCGGUUACCAUAAUCCUAAAGGUCAAGGAAAUAUCACUGUUAAGAAGGAAAAGGUUCGUUGUACACUGAAUCAUAACAGUGCUGAUUAUUAUGAACAUGAGAUUACCAAUGGAUCCACGCUUUCUGGCAUUAGGUAUGAUGUUAGUUAUUAUGAUAGAAGACGUAUAAAGCCUUCUAAACUACAAUUUCCCAUUCAAGAUCCUGUUACUGUAUACGCUUUGUACUGCGACAAGAAUCCUAAACUUAUCUACAUCAAAGAUGGAAGACAAGAUGGCAUUACAGGAUGGUAUAAGAAACCUAAUAGCAGUGGUAGAGAUAAAAAUGAAGACUGGACAGAUGUUACUCAUGCGCUUGGAGACAUAACACCUAAUUAUUUCGGUAGACUUGAAUGUAACCAAUGGAAUGCGCUUGUGAAGGAACUAAAGAAAGACGGUGGAUGUACAAAGUUGGAAGAAUGUCCUACUCCACCACCUAAACCUCCUGGUCCUGGUGGUUUUUGUCCUGGAGAACCUGCUGUUCCUGGUUCUCUAGUUAUUAAUUGUGGACCUGAAGGAAUUUCUGCUGUUUUAUCUGCUGAACCUGAAGAUAUAGCUAAAGAACCUACUGGUACUAAUUCUGAAGGUGGUGGAAAGGGUGAUAGAGGUACCGGUGAUGGACCUGGUGCUAGUGCUUCUGGAGAUAAUGAGAAAGGUAGCUAUUAUGAGUAUGAGUACUCAGGUGAAUACUCUGAAGAUGAAUCUCGUGCUGCUGUUGCUGAUGGUAGUAGUAGAUCUGAACCUGUAGCUCUUCAAACCACUCCUCCUACAGGCUCUCCUGAUACUGGUCAACAGCCUCUUACUGCUCCUAAAGAACGUCUUGUUGCCGUAGCUCCUCUUACUGUUGGUACUAUAGCCGGAUACUUCUUUGCUGGAACUGCAGGGUCUGGCGCAACCUUUUUCGGAGGAUGGAAACUCUAUAAUAAGGGUUGCUUUACAGAGUGUAGAAAGGCAGUAAUAAAUAUAUCGCCAAUCGGUCGUUCUUGCAGUUUUAAUGAGCGUGUGGAAUUUAACGAGCUAGAUUCGAGACUUAAAAUUAGAGAGAAAAUGGUAAAGGCACUUGAAGAGAGAUUUUCCGGCUGCGAACCUCCACUUCAAUUUUCAGUAGGCGGUAAAAUAUCAUUUGAUUGCUUUCCAAAGGGAUGGAGCAAAGUUUAUGCGCUCAAAUUUCUCGACUUUGAGGAGAUCCACUUUUUCGGAGACAUGACACAUCCGGGAGGAAACGAUCACGAACUCUUUGUGCAUGAAAAAGUAACUGGACAUCGAGUAACAAAUUCUCAAGACACACUCACACAGCUUAAAACAAUUUUAAACUAUACAAGUUAG